AUGUCCCUAAUUCCCAAAGUCGUUCCGUGGACCAGCACUGAAGAGUACCUGGGUGUCUCUGACUGUCUCUACUCUGACGACAUCGUCGAGCGGAAGCGCGGUGUUGGCAUCGUCAAGGCGUGGCGAGUGCGCGGGAAAGUGCCCGCAGCCAUCGACGCUACAGCCAACCUGACAGAGAUCUGGGUAGCCGACCAGGAGCGCAGCACCACCAUGACCAACAACCAGCUGCGGCACAUGUACACGAUCGCCAUCGUUCGGUUUGUCAACACCAUCGUUGAUCUGGAACAGCGCGGUGUAUACGCACAGUCAGUCGCAAUGCUGGCGAACCGGAUUGGCAUGCCGGCGUGGUUUGUCGAACUGCGACAUGCCGGUACACACAAGCAGAUUCCGAGCCUUACGGUGCUGCGGUCGGCGUGCGACCAGGCGCUUCAGUGGCUGUAUGACCAUUACUGGAGUAAGCAGUCGAGGACAUUGCCGGCAGACACAUUGCACGAGAUCCAGGCAUCGCUGGGUGCAUACGUUGAGUCGAGGGCGGCUGCCGGCGAUGGGAAAGCGAAGAGCGUGAAGGCAGAGAAACAGGCGUUGGGAGUGCUGGCCGAUCUGGUCGGUAAGCUGCAUAUAGAUGCGGUUCGGUUGUACCUUGUCCCAACCCUACUCGAAGUUGGGUUUCUGGUGCCAACAGAUAAGAAGCUGCGGCCCAAGUUCCCAGACUGCAAGCUCACAUACGAUGUCGUUGCGCUGUGGAAGCCGGCGUUCAGGCUAUUCCAAGAGACCUGGGGCGACUUGGUAUUCUUUGAGGAACUGCUGUCGGGAAUCGUUAACCUGCUGUGCCCAGAUUCGUCAGAAACAGGAAUUUUUGGCAUGGCAGAUGACGCAGUGGGCACCAGCCAUGCAGCAGCACUGGUCGGGUGGGUGCAUUGGAUCUUGCAGGUAUACUACAGCCCUGACGAUUCCACAGAGACAAUCAGCAUUGGCAGCUUUCUAGAGUGCUGCCUGCGCAACCCAAGCUACUAUGCCCGGGCACUGCUCAAGGUAAUAUCCACACAUGAUCCGACGCUGAAGCGCGAUCUGCGGCCGUUCGAGGCCAGCGCCAAGAGCAAGGCCAGCAAACAGACGCAUGCUAGCGAGAGCGAUAUGAUGCAAGAAGAAGCAACAAUGCAGAAGCGGCUCGACGAGUUCUUUGGCCACAGCGACGAUGGCAUGGAGGCGGUGCCUACCUCUCAUAUGGAUGAUGUCCCGGCAGACAAGAGCAAGCCUAUGCGCUGGCAGCGGGUGCCCGAGGAGUCGUGGGUGCCUGGCCCGAUUGGAACCAUCAACGGCGGCCAGAUCCCGAGCCUCGAAUGGCCGCUGUGGCUGGACACCAUUAGCCACUGA